CUUUAAUUUUUCUAACCCCCAACCAUGGCUCCAACCCUGGCCACAGCGUUUGCCAGGCGCUGGUGGAUGGCAGUGACUGCCAUUGUUGAGAAUCUGCUCUUCUCUGCUGUGCUGCUGGGAUGGGGAUCGCUCCUCAUCAUGCUCAAGUCAGAAGGCUUCUACUCCUACCUUUGCAGCGAUGAGGGUAACAGCACCAGCUACAAUCUGUCUCAACCUCUGGCAACACCGGCAUCUGAAGAGUAUGCUGAGUACUACGACAACGACGGUGGUGUGGUGGGUCUGGGAGACGGGGUGGAGAUGAGGCCUCUGGUCCCUAUGGAUGGGGCCCUGAGGAUGAAUGGCUGGCUGAUCUGUAAAGAGCAGGAUGAGAUGCUGAACCUGGCUUUCACGGUGGGCUCCUUCCUGCUUUCAGCCAUCACGUUGCCGCUGGGGAUCGUCAUGGAUAAAUAUGGGCCUCGCAAGUUACGACUGCUGGGCAGCACGUGCUUUGGAUUGUCCUGUCUGCUCAUCGCUUAUGGAGCCUACAAACCAAAUGAACUCUCUGUCCUUAUCUUCAUUGCCCUGACUUUCAACGGCUUCGGGGGCAUGUGCUUGACCUUCACCUCUCUCACACUCCCGAACAUGUUUGGGGACCUCCGUUCAACCUUCAUCGCCCUGAUGAUUGGCUCCUAUGCCUCUUCUGCUGUCACCUUCCCUGGCGUCAAGGUGAUCUAUGACUACGGCAUACCUUUCAUCACUAUUCUGGUGGUGUGGGCUGCCUGUGCCGGACUGGUCUUCUUGAACUGCUUCUUCAACUGGCCACUGGAACCAUUCCCAGGACCAGACGACAUGGACUACAGUGUGAAGAUCAAGUUCAGCUGGCUGGGCUUUGACCACAAAAUCACAGGGAAGCAGUUCUACCAGCAAGUGACCACAGUGGGCCGUCGGCUGAGCGUCGGCAGCAACCUGAAGCAGAAGGAGGUAGCAACUAAAGACGGACCCAAUCUUUGCCUGUCCACCAUGGAUCUGGAAAUGGAUUGCAAGCCACAGGAAGAGUCCCAGUCAUUCCUGAAAACUAUCAGCACCCCAAUUUUCCUGCUCAGUCUGGUGACCAUGUCCGUCACUCAGCUCCGUCUCUUGUUCUACAUGGGGGCCAUGAACAGUGUGUUGGAGUCACUCAGUGGCGGCGACCUCAACAAAGUGAGUUUGUACUCCUCCAUCUUCGGCAUGCUGCAGCUGCUCUGCCUGAUGACGACUCCUGUGAUUGGUCAGAUCAUGGACUGGAAGCUGAAGGACUGUGAUGAUGGUGAAGAAGAAAAGGAGCCCUUCAGCAAGGGUGAACCAAAGAAAAAGAGCAGAGACAAAAAGACUCAGAAAGUGACCAACGCCCUGCGAGCAUUCGUCCUGACAAACGUCCUUUUAGUGGGAUUUGGAAUCACGUGCUUGAUUCCCAAUCUCCCCCUGCAGAUCGUGUCGUUCGUCUUGCACACUGUGGUGAGAGGAUUCAUUCACUCUGCUGUCGGAGGCCUCUACGCUGCUGUGUAUCCCUCCUCACAGUUCGGCAGCUUGACAGGAAUGCAGUCUCUGGUCAGUGCUGUGUUUGCUCUGCUGCAGCAACCCCUGUUUUUGGCUAUGAUGGGACCCCUGGAGGGAGACCCACUCUGGGUCAAUGUUGGACUCCUCGUGCUCAGUAUGCUGGGCUUCUUGCUGCCUCUUUACCUGAUCUGCUACAGACGGACGCUCCACAAAGAGCUGCAGAGGAAAGACGACGACGCCAAGAUCUACAUCAGAAUCAACGGCUCUGACAUCCCCGAGGCCUUCGUCUAGAGGAAAAGUAAACGCAGAAGGGAAUGAAGGAGACACUGAGAAAUAUGGGCGAUGUAAUGAUGCAUGCACACAUCAGCAUGAGAAAUCUGUCGUAAAAGGACAGCUGAAAUAUUUAACACAGUAUUGUCGCUGUUGAUUAGACACCAACAGACUGCCACAUCCAAUGUUCCAAAAUCCCACGAAGACAAACUAACGUCACAGAAGCAUUUCACUCGGCUGACGGCGAGGAGAAAAGUGAGACACGGAGGGGAAAUGAAGAACAAGCGAGAGGAAAGACUGUGAAAGGAAGGAGGCAUCUGUCCUCUGUAUUCCCCCAAAUCCUCUGACUUCUCUUUUUAUCCCCCCCACUGUAUGAGCAGCACACCAGUGCAGCUCUACUGCACACGAGACUGCUUUCAUAUCCUCCACACGAGCAGAAAAAGGGAAGAAUCUCGACCUGUGAAACCAACAAGAGUGCGAAAUGUCACCCUCACAGCCAACCUCGCUCCAAUUAGUGAGAAAUUCUGUCAUCAUGCGUGUGCUGUUUUUUUUUUUUUUUUCUUUUUAUGUUAUUUGUUGACUUUAAAUCAUUGUAACUCCAAUAGCGUGGUGCUACCUGUCUGGGUUUCUUUGUCAGAUGGUGUAAGUUAAAUGUGGAGUAAAUGAGUGGCAGAGAAGAAGAACCUUAUUGCUGAUGUUUCUCGGGCGAGUAGAGAAGACAGUCAUGACUAAUUAUGUAGCUGGAAUUUUCUUUUUGCUUUUUUUUUUGGCAAGGCUAACAUCUGAUCACGACUAUAGCUUAGAAUAGACCAUAGUAUCAGAUGGAUGUCUGUAUUUUUGGGGGGGAGGUAUUCUUUUAAGACAUCAAACAAACUGUGGUAAAUUUUGCUAAAAGCAAAUUGUUCGUGUAUGUUUAGGGUAUUUAUUUUUAUUUCCUGCUUGCUUUAGUUUUCUUUUUGUAUUUUACCAGGGGUGCCUUUUGAAUGUGUAAAAGAGAAGAUUGCUUCAUUGAACUUUUACACAUCACACAGUGAAAACACUGCAUUACAUAGUCACAUCCUUUUCACAUUGAUUUACUGGAUGGUUUUCACUAAGUGAAUCCAUAAAUUUUUUUUUAUCAUUCAGGUGCCUUCGCUUUAAGUUAGUAUUUCAUUCAAUCUGUCUGCCGACUGUCAAGAGAAAUACAACACUUUCCCCUCCUUCUUUUCCCUGCACAACCUCUGCUCACUUCAGCACUUUCUCCUAAAGCUUCUCAGGAGAAAUAGUCUUUAAUUAUGUUUGGUUGUUUUUUUUCCCCUGCCUUCAUAUGUGUAUUUAUUUUAUUUUACACUCACCUUCACACAUCAUAAAUUUGCUGGUUUAUUUAAAUUGUGCUGUGCUGGCAACUACUCAUAUGUCUCAUGUGCUGUUUGUGUAGAGCUUCUUCCUCUAUCAGUGACGAUAAUGUAGAGAUGUUUUGUUAUGCAGGUGUUUAAUAUGGAAGAAUUUGUGGGGGUUAAUAAAGAUUCUUGCUUUUUUUUUUCACUGUAAACCAGUC